AUGUCAGCUACUUCAAGAUUAAAGAAAUUUAUAUGUACUGCUCAAGGAUGCAACAAGGAGUAUAGUACAAAGUUUGCUCUGCAACGUCAUUUAUACACACACUCAGGCAUCAAAACCUUUACUUGCAGCUUUUGCCCAAAGAGCUUCUCACUUCAGCAAUAUCUUCAAGAGCAUGAGUUUACUCAUACUAAAGCUAAGCCUUUUGUUUGAGGUAUCGAUGGUUGCAGAGUGGCUUUCAGACAAAGAGGGAAACUUUGACUCCAUCGAAGUACCCAUCCAAGUUACAAGAAAUAAAGACUAUAAAGUUUAUGCAAGAAAAAUCAACGGAAGGAGAUCCCAGCAUAAACCAAAAGAAAUUUUACCAGAAUAUCUUAAGCAAGUUGAAGAGAAAAAAGAGCAUCAACAUCUGUUAAAGGAUCUAAAAAAUUCCCGUACAUUACCGAUCCUUCCACCAGACAGUAUCAGUUCUAUAAACCUCACCAACUAUUGUCUCUGUGAUUUCCAGCUGCCAGCAAAGCAAGCUCCAAGUUCAACAUCGAAUUUGAUUACAUUACCUUCCCCUUCUCCACUUCUCUGUGAGUCUCAAUACUUCUUCCCUGCUUACUGGCAGGAAGAGCAGAAUUGAGAGAGCACAAUUAUUGAAGUAAUAGGGAUGAGCCCUCUGGGCUUCGGAUCUUCUGGCAGAUACUUUUUGUCUGCCAUGGACAUCUAACGCAUACAUUAGGAAUCUAAUUCCACUGGCUCAGGCCUACACUAUUCAAGUACAUCAUUAGAA